CAUUUUUCCUCAGUUUUUUAAGAUACUUUCCAGCAUUGUGUUCUUUUCCAUUUCUCAUCGCUCACAACCGAACCCAGGAUUCUCCCCUUCACUCCUCGAACAGCAGGCACAUAUUCUUUUACAAAACUAAACUAAAAUCCCCAACGUCCAACCUAGAAUCCGGCCUUCAUCCUACGGCCAAAAUGGCUCAGUUGGCUCGCCGGACCACCGAUCUCUUGAAACCCUUCUCCGCCGCACUUUCCUCCACGCGCCUCCUCACCACCACCUCUACCACCCCAAUUAUAGUCGAGACAUCUCUCCCCUUUACCGGCCACAAGAUCGAUCCGCCAUCUCGCUCGGUCGAGACUACUCCUCAGGAGCUUAUGACCUUUUUUCGUGACAUGGCUCUUAUGCGUCGAAUGGAAAUCGCCGCCGACUCUUUAUAUAAGGCGAAAUUGAUUAGGGGAUUCUGUCACCUUUAUGAUGGUCAGGAAGCGGUGGCAGUGGGUAUGGAGGCUGCGAUUACUAAGAAAGACUGCAUAAUCACAGCCUAUCGUGACCAUUGUAUCUUCCUAGGCCGUGGUGGAAGACUUCUUGAAGUCUUUGCAGAGCUUAUGGGGAGAAAGGAUGGGUGUUCUAAAGGGAAAGGAGGUUCGAUGCAUUUUUACAAGAAGGAUAGUGGUUUUUAUGGAGGGCAUGGUAUCGUAGGGGCACAGAUUCCAUUGGGGUGUGGAUUGGCGUUUGCACAGAAAUACAGUAAAGAUGAGAACGUGACAUUUGCCAUGUACGGUGAUGGUGCAGCAAAUCAGGGGCAGUUGUUCGAGGCCUUGAAUAUGGCUGCUCUGUGGGAUUUGCCCGCGAUUUUGGUCUGCGAGAAUAAUCAUUAUGGGAUGGGAACAGCAGAAUGGAAGGCUGCAAAGAGUCCUGCUUAUUACAAAAGAGGGGAUUAUGUUCCUGGUUUGAAGGUAGAUGGUAUGGAUGCCUUUGCUGUCAAACAAGCAUGUAAGUUUGCCAAGGAGCAUGCUUUGAAGAAUGGACCAAUUAUCCUUGAAAUGGACACUUACAGGUACCAUGGGCACUCCAUGUCUGAUCCUGGCAGCACAUACCGCACACGUGAUGAGAUCAGCGGCGUGAGACAGGAACGUGAUCCAAUUGAAAGAAUUAGAAAGCUUGUUCUAUCUCAUGAUCUAGCCACUGAAAAGGAGCUGAAGGAUAUUGAGAAAGAAAUGAGAAAAGAAGUAGAUGAAGCCAUUGCACAAGCUAAGGAGAGCCCCAUGCCAGAUCCUUCUGAGCUCUUUACUAAUGUGUAUGUGAAAGACUUUGGAGUUGAGGCUUUUGGAGCGGAUAGGAAAGAACUCAGAGCCGUGCUUCCAUGAGUCAAAUCAACAAACUGUGCUUCUCAGAAGCAGAAGCUUGGACGAACGCGGAAUAAAACAUAGAUAACUCUGGGAAUGGUUGCAAUACGAGAUUCUUCAUGCAAUUGCUUGGUUUUGCACGUUCUUUUUUCCCCUUUUUUGGCAUUUAGUUUCCUGAUAUGGAGAUUAGGAAUGAUUCGUUUGUGUUACUGUUAUUACACUGGUUGAUAUAAUUUUUUGCAUUGCAAAUUGAUAUUUCCAAUUAGAAAAUGGGUUACACUGAUCCUAUCUAUGUAUUGACAUGUACAGCGCAUUUAAGGUUUGGCUAUCCUCUAGCACAAAUUAUAUGCUUCCAAGAAGUUUGCAGUA